AUGGCGAAGGGUCCGUUUCUCAGUCGUGAAGACUUCAAGACAUGUUUUAAUCUCUUCUGCUGCAUCUACGGCAUUGGAACGCUUGGUAUGCCCGGCAACUUCGCUCGCGCCGGCCCAACUUUGGCAUGUUUUGCCUUGGCCUUCAUGGCGUUUGCCAACACGUACUCGUCCAUCACGAUGUCCAAAGUCAUGCUGCUAGCGCCUAGGUCCGUCAACACGUUUGGUGACCUUGGAGGUUCGGGUGCUGCUUUCGCCGGUUGCUUUGGAACAAUCCUGGCUGACAUCAUCGGCGUCUCGGUUGUCAUGUACGGUAUGCGCGGACACCCGAGCGUGCCGUUCCCGGAGCUAAAGUUUGAGCAGGUGGCAAACAUGUUCGGAAAUUUGUCGCUCGCCUACGGCGCUGGGAUCAUUAUUCCCGACCUGCAACGUCAGCAUAGUGAUCCGAGUCGCAUGCCUCGAAUUGUGGGUAUCACUGUGAUUUUCGUAUCGUGUCUCUUCUUGAUCCUGUCCAGUACUACCUACUCCGCGAUAGGCUGCCAGAUCUCGGGCAACCUUCUCUUUACGAUCUACCCAGACAGUGCCACCGGAAUGACGUCUUUGGGCUUUAAACCGAGAUGGGGUGUCGUGAUAAUGGCUUAUUUGUUCAUGCAGCUCCACAUUAUUAUAGCAUUCUCGGUUAUUUUGAACCCCGCCUUCUACAUUGCUGAGCGUCUGCUGCUGGGCAUGCACAAGAAGACGGACUUGGAGAUCGAAAAUGUAGUUGGCUUCGAGGAGUCGGCCACGCCCGCUGAGCUGCUGUCGAAGCAAUCUGAUCCCUGUAAUGUCAGCGUCAACCGCCCACCCCGCCGCAGCUCUAAAAUAUCAUUUGUGUCACUGGCUGACUCAGAGCGUGUGCACAAGGACGAUAAAGAAGCUGAUGCUGCCGAGUACACGGGCUCAAACGUAUUCAAAUAUGCCGCACUUCGAAUUAUCAUCGUUGUCAUUUUGGUAAUGGUUGCGAUUGUAUUCAAGGAUCACUUCUCGGAUUUUAUUGGCGCCUUCUGCAUCACUACGAACUGCAUUCUCCUACCGAUUGUUUUCUACUUCAAGAAGGCCUGGGAGCGAGUUUCGAUGUACGAGAAGGCUGCCGGUAGUAUUGUGCUGUUUGUUUGCUUGGUGCUCGGCUGCUACGUCACCUACACUACCGGCAAGGAGCUCUUUUUCCCAACUGACAAUGGCGCGGAUUUCCCCUUCUGCGAUUCCGAAUAUGAAAACAAGGUCUACUACAACUACACGGCUGUGCAUGAAAGCUAG